GAUUCAUCCACAUAUUCUUCGAUAUUGUUAAAGAUAAGAUCAGGAUGACUCCGGUUGCAGUGCCCGUCGUCACUUCUCAAUCUGAGGAGCAAAUGCUCCCAGAUUCCACAUCUCCGAAUCUUCAUCUCAGCCAUCCCACGGACGAGGAGAAUCUUCGCAUCUGGCAAUUGACAUCGAAUGAGUGGAAGGAUGCUCUUACCAUUCCUCAAUAUCUGGAAGAGUCUGCGUAUCUCAUGUCAGUUCCUCUGGCCCGCAACAAGGGCAUGACGCAGUGGAUUCUGGUGGAUCGAAACCUUGCGCCAAAUCAACGACCGAUACUCGCAUCCUGUGAGACGUUUCGCAAACUGUCACUGAUCAGUGAUGGAACGGAAGCUAAUCAACUUGUGGUUGUCCACGGCAUUGCGAGCGUCUACUGCAAUCCAGACUAUCGAGGACGGGGAUAUGCCUCGAGACUGCUCGAGGAGCUGAGCAAGACACUUCCCUCUUGGCAGUGUGCGGGAAAGAAAUGUGUGGCCAGUGUACUCUUCUCGGACAUUCAGCCCAGAUUCUAUAAAAGCCUGGGAUGGCAUCCAUUUCCGAGCGACCAUAUCGAAUUUGAACCUGCUGUGGUACAGCACACUGCGUUGCCUGUCUAUGCUGAGGAUGUAGCCAGGCUCUGUGCCGUCGACGUGGCGAGACUUGGACACACCAUGUCGCGUUUUUCAACGAAUAAUAUGACCCGGUUGCUUAUUCUCCCAGACCACGACCAUAUGCUAUGGCAUCACAGCAAGGAGGAGUUUGUGACGCAGAAGCUCUUUGGUAGAGCACCGCUUGUAAAAGGCGCCAUGAGCGGAGAACCCGGACAAUUUGUCUGGGCCAUCUGGACGCACCGUUUCUAUAAUCAUCCAGACAAAAGCCUCUCCGAGAACACGCUGUACAUUCUCCGAUUUGUCAUGGAGGGUGCAACCCUGAGUUUCGACGCCGACGACGAUCUCACCUAUGAACAAGUCACGAGCGUGAGAGAGGUUAUACGAGCUGCUCAGGCAGAAGCCGCGGAAUGGGAUCUGCACAAGAUCAAGCUCUGGAAUCCGUCGCACUCUCUGGAGAGGGCAAUACAACUAUCGGGUAUCCCGUUCCAGCGCAAGCAACGGACACAAGACAGCAUACCCUGUCUGCAAUGGUAUGGCGAGGGGAGUGGAAAGCCGUACUCGCUCAAUUGGCUCUUGAAUGAGAAAUACGGCUGGUGCUAGUCAAUUUAGUUUGUAUGGUUCUUUAUUCAAAGUAUGGUCUAGUCUUAGGUCUAUAUGUAAGACAUUCUUCCUCGUACAGGAUUG